AUGGAGGUGUCUGAGGUGGAUAAUGUAUUAGCAGUUAAUAUUAGCGAAAAACACGAACGCAGAGGUGCAACUAAGCAUUGUGCAUAUGGUCUAUGUAAAAGUGACUCUAGAUAUAUGGAUAGACUAGGUAUGGAAGGCGUUUUCUUCAUUCGCUUUCCACAAUUUCAUCGGGAACCGGAGAAAUGUACUCGAUGGGCCAGUGCAUGUCGACGAGAGCAUUUUACUGCUUUGUCAGUAAAGAAGGAUACAUAUAUAUGUAGUUUGCAUUUCAAGGGCGGUAGAGGCCCCACGGAAGAAUAUCCUGACCCAAUUCCGGCAACAGCUACCAAACAUGAGCUUGAAAAAUUUGUCAGAAACAAAAAAAAGAGGCCGUUAGUGCGAAAAAAUUUAACAUGGUCACCAGAACCCAAACGCAAGAAGAGUGAUUUGGUGAAUAUAGACAUUGUUGAAACGAAAGCUACUAGUGCACCGUCAGAUGAGGAUCAUUGCACAACUAAUCAUGAUACAGUCCAGGCAGCAGAGGCAUUAUUAAUGUUGCAGAAUUCUGAAAGUGAACAAGUGAGUUAA